AUGCUUGGUUCGGAAUCUCUGGAUUUGCAGCAGUGGCGGCCACCACGACCCGACCAUGAAACCGAAUUUGCGAGAGAACGUCGGAGGCACUUACUGCUGACGUGUUCUUCCACUUAUUUUCUGAUGCGAGCAUUGCUGUGGACGCGUGCCAGAAGAGUCCCCCUUCCCGACCCGCCUCAGUUUCCGUGGGAAAGAAAUCAAAACGCACCUGGCCAAGGCAACAGAGCGAGGCAAGCGCACCAGGCGGAGGCAAGCGCACCUGGCGACGGCAAUUGGGUAGACAUUGAUUCGCUAAACCUUCGGACGGAGCUCGACACAAACGUUUUCUUGGACAGUGGAAACGGUUCUCGGCAUUACCACGUCGUGAACACCCAAAACAGGUCGGAGAGGCUGGUGGUCAGACGAGCGACGGCCGGGGUAACGGCGACGGAGGACGAUCCUCAGUACCGUAGUUUGCGGGAGGAGCAGCACAGGAAGGAGCGGGAGCUUGCACACACAGAAGCCAGUCUUCCGGGUGCGCGUGCACAGUUACGAGCGAGCGUGCAAGCGACGCAAAACUUGCGGGACCAAAUAAAUGAUCGGUGGACAUUUCGUACGCUUCCCCAAGGGGAGCGAGACAGAGUAUGGGGUCUUUAUUUUGACGCACAGAACCGAGAGACCCGGCCGCGCGAUCAGGUACAAACUCUCGAGGGACAGCAAAGAGAUCUCACGAGGCAGAUCGAAGGACUGAAAACGAAUCGCAAGAACCACUGGAUGCGAGUUCGCUCGCAGUGGAUUAAAAUGGAGUGGAAAGCUCGUGCGUUGGAGCCCUGGCUCAUGCAAGUGCAGAAUGACGUGAUUGCCCCUUUUCAGCAACACUUGGACGAUAUUCGUUUCACCGGAGCAGCAGCAGACGUCGCGACGACGUCGAAUUUAGACCAGUUCCCUCCGCGACGCGCUGAUCGAUUAGCGUCGGUUUUCGGCGGACCGACACGCGCCCAGGUCCGGGCACUGCGCCCCGGACAGCGGCCCGCCCGGCUGACUUUGCCCGAACCUGCCAGGUCCCAGACUGCUUUGGAAUGGCUGCGCGGCCGCCGAGAACCAGACGCCUCCGUGCGACUCGUAGCGGACGACGAGCCUCUUGGGAAAGCCCGCGCUGUGGUGCGAGAGCUAGGUCGAGGCAAGUUGUUCUUUCGGGACCUUCUCGACGCCGUUUCACCCGAGGCGAACCAGCAGCAAGCGGGCCCGAUUCUCGAGGAGCUGCUACACCGCUACGAAAGAGACCGGGACACGGCCCGCGUUUUGGAGCGCGCAGCGCUGGAGAGCGUCCUGUUUCUCACCCCGACCGGCACGACCGGCGACGCAGAGGAGGCGGUGCUGACCUACCUGCACCGGUCCCGCAGCGUGUGGCGCAUGCAUGACCUGGUGCGCCUCGUCGCCGAGGACCCCUACUUGGGGAUGGAUCUGGUCUGGUGGCGGGAGAAGCUCCGCGCCGAGACCGCGGUCACAUUCGCGCUCGUAGAGAAGGUCCGACUCUACUGCGUGGCGUACCUCUUGCUGCAGUCGCGCCUCACGCAAACCCGCGCAGUUUUGCGAGAGUUGGCCGCGGCCCAGCAGCCCGACCAUGUUGCGGGUGUGCAGCCACCACACGAACUGACGGAGACGGCGGCGCGGAACUUGUGGGACCUAGGCCUGUCCCAGUGCAUGCGGUACGACCCGGCGGUGUACCCGAUGUACCUCGCGUUUGACGCCACCCAGGGCUUGAUGAUGUGGCCGGCGCAGGUGGAGACCCUGAAAAAGCUCGUGCAGCGCGAAGUACACCUCCUGGAAACGGGUCAAAUCGUGAAGACCUCGGGCUUCUCGCCGCGGCUCCUCCGGCAGCCCUUGUUCAGCAGUCCGCUGGUGGCCCUACCAAAUGAAAUCAGCAGUGCAGCCUCGUCCGGCGUUUUGUGGCGCGUGACCGGGUUCGGCGAGGACAAGCGCUGGGUCGAGGUGACGCACCCAGCAGGUGCUGGUCUUGAGGCCGGUGGCCCCACCAGCACGACCACCGGAUUUGUGUGGUACACGGACUUGCAAGUUCCGGACUCCGUCUUCCUUCCGGGCGAGCGCGUGCGCUUCCGCUCGCUGCCGGCGGGAGGAGAUCAGUCCGUCGUGCGGAACGGCAGUUUCGCGCGGGUGCGGUACGUCGCGAACAGCAGCGAGGGCGUGCAGACCGCGGACGCGUUCCUGGUGCUGGAGCUGGAGGAGCAGCCCGGAGCCGCGCAGCAGCCUCCGUACACCCCGGUCACGGUGAAGCUGGACUACCCAACCGCGUACGCGGCGUUGGAGCGCGUGGAAGAUGAAGCGGAGUCCUCGUCCUCGCCGGGCAGCACGCAGCUCACCUCGUUCACCAGCGUGUCCGAGCAGCUGCGCAUGGGCGCCGGGAAAACCAAAGUGUUGUCGGGCCUAUGCAUUGCAAAAGUAUCGUACUAGUAUAAAUUGCAUUACAAAUUUUAUCAGAAAGAAAAAUGGAAUUUGUAAUGCUAAUUCAGGUAAAAAGGUCGGUUUGUCAUGCAUGACUGCAAUUCAUACGAGUACGAUACUUUUGCACAGGAUAGGGCCGGACCCUCGCGACCGUGGGCAGCACGCACCGCAUCCCGGUCUUGGUGUUCACCGACGCCCUGCACGCGUCCAACACGCAGGACAUCCGCAGCACCGUACGCACGCAGGGCAAGGACGUCGAGGUUUUGUCCUUCGCGGUGCACGCGAACGGCACAGUGGGCUACCUGUCCUGGCUAAAGAACAAGCUCCUGGAAGCGAAGCGCACGGGCCAAGUGAUUUUCACAGCGAAGGCGAAGGAUCUGCAGGGCCUGGUGGCGGCCGUUAACCUGAAGUUCGAGAAGCUGCGCACGUUGAUGCGCCAGGUGCACGACUCGCAGAUGUGGAUCGAGCGCGAACGCCGCGCCCAACCGGAUGCAGUCGGUGCGGAGGAGGACGACGACGAGAUGGAACAGCGGCUCUACGCGCAGUGGCUCGGCAGCAUGCGUCGCAAUGUGCAAGCCAAUGAUGUCCUGGAGGGUAUGAAUCAGGAGUAUCGCAACUGCGUCGUCAAGGUUCUGGGCAUGGACGAGGGACGCCUCGCGCGAAAGGAGCGCCCGGAGCCGGAGUGCGCCAACGGCGAGUCGGCCCUGGCGCCCCUGCAAGAAAGGGCGUACCAGGCCGGGGAGACCAUGCGGGUGCUGUUGCUGCUGUUCGAGGUGCUCGACAUUCUGUCCAGCGACGGCCACACGCUGUUCGACGAAGUGGAUUCCUUGCUGGCCUGGAACAAGCAGCUGAAUCUUCCGGCGGGCGACCGCAUGCCGGUUCCGGCCACCUCUAUCAAUGAGGUCAUGAAGAUCUGGUGGGAGUUGCUGAUGUGCGACAGCCACGAACUCGCGGAGGAAGUAGUAGGCUCGGGAAGCGCUGGCCCCGCUGCAGUCCAACCACCUGCGGCCGCGAGUCCUUCACCUCUUCGUGGCCCAGAUGGCGCACCGGCCGCGCCGGCUACUGCUGCGCAAGCAACGACUGCUGCCGCCGGCCUGGCCCGGACGAGGACCACUCCUGCGCCGCGGUACAAACGGGUUCUGGAUUUGGUCGUGCGGAACGCGCACAGCAAGAUGCCGCAGUCCUUCUACGACGAGUCGAUUCUGCCGAAACUGGCCGACGAUGUUUGCCGCCGGCUGGUCAAGGAGACGCUGGGAAAACCACAGAAGCGGCCGGGGGACGACGUGGCCAAGGUUCGGUUCGGGGAGGGCCAGUUGCAGCGGCAGCAGGACAACUGCAAGGGCUUUCUGCUGUCCACUUCGCUGCACCACUUUUCCAGGGACAACAAGGGAAUGGCGCUGGACGCAUGGAGCUUCAUCAACACACUCCCGCGAACCGUCCCGCUGUACGACCAGGUCCGCGAGAGCGGAUCCGCGGCCAAGCACGUGCUCGGGAACAUCGCGCGCGAGUCGCUGUCCAAGCAAACCAACGUGCACUACGGGCGCAGCCAGAUUGUGCACGACUUCGAGGGGGCCAUGCCCUACAAGGCCGCGGAGACCCCGAGCGAGUCUUCCAAAACGGAGAUGUCGCUCUACAAGGACGUGUACGAAGCCAUGAGCAAGACCAUACUGACCUACCUGUCCGAACCGUGGGACGCGGAGAUGGCGACGAAGGACGUGUUCGUACUGCCCGGGUUUGCGACCUCCACCGAGAGCAUCAGCCAGCGACUGGCGCAACAAGCCCAGCAGGCCGGACCGCUCGCGCAAAAGAGUCGCCGCGUCCCGCAGAAGAUCAGCGAGCUGCACUACCAGACGCGCCGCCUGAUCAAGCUGAUCCGCCGCGAGUGCCGCGAGAAUUUCGGCCGGAGUGACACGGACCACGCGCUCAAGCCGCCGGACAACUUCUUCCUUGGUGUCGAAAAAUUUUCCGAGGAGCUGAGCCGGAUCCUGGCCGAAGAGCAUGUACACGUCAACAACCUAGAAGGUGGUCCAGAGCAAGCUCAUGGUCCUCCACCCCGGAUCAACAUCAACAACCCCGGUAGAAGUUCUGCCAGAGCGCCGGCAGGAGCAGCUGCGCUACCUCCUGCGGCAACUGCGGGUCGUUCCACCCCAGCAGCUGCGUCCCACGAGGGUGCUCCUGGUGCGACGUCGACAACCGCCACCGAGGCGCCGGAACCGAAGUGGGCGCCGCUGGAGAAGGCACUUUGGGAGGAGGGCGACGAGGAGGGGCUGCCCACGUUCGCCACCGUGGUGCGGUUCCGCCACCUGCUGGAGCGGAACCGGACCAACACGCUGGUCGUGCCGGCGCUGCUGAUGUGGUACCUGAGCCGCAUGGUGUUCCCGGACAAGCACCAGCUGUCGCUGUACGCGGUCCAGGCCAACGCCGGGUCGGUGGAGCUGGCCACGCUGACCCACCAGAGCCAGGGCUUCUCCGGCACCACGGCGGACGAGAUGACCCAGGCGCUGAACACGCAGAAGGCCAUGACGCGCGUCGACCGGCGGGGUCGCGGCGAGUUGGCGGUCACGUACACGGACGAGUUCGACACGGCCGAAGAGGUGCGGCACGUCCUCCUGAACGGCCACACCUCCGUUCUGGACAACCUGGACGAGAAGUUGCUGCAACGCCCGGACCGGUUCCUCUUCGAGGUCGCGCGCCGGUCGAACGUGGACGACCAGCACCGGACGGAGGGCAGUUACCCCGGCUACCACUACCGGGACUACGUGGGAGGAACGUUGCAGCCCAGAGAGCUCCAGCCUGAGAACCGGCCGGCGGCGGUGAAGUUCCACGAGUUUUCGGCCUUCAUCGACGCGGGGGCCUACUUCAGCAUGAACAAAAUGCCGCGGAAGGAGGUCGCGUGCCGGCUGCUGUACGCGUGGAACACGCUGAACGCGGACAAGGACGUUAUCGCGUUCUACGAGGACAAGACGCCGGGCCAGUCCACGUUGAUGUUGUACCGGUACCAGACCCUUUUCCCCUCCGGGCGUUUCCCCGGCGCGUCGGCUGCCGUGGCCGACCGGCGGGGACGUGAGGACAACGGUUGGCUGGACGGGGUGUGUGCGAAGCGAUGGCACCGGGAGGACGAAGCGCACGCAGUGUACACGACCGGGGAGGAAGACCGGGACUACUGGUGCCCGUCGGAUGACGAGGAACAAUACGUGCAGAGCCAGUGCGACGCCGCGGUGCUGCCGGCCCCGCUGGAAGUGAUCGGGAGUCAGUACGAGAGCAUCGCCGAGGCAGCGGGCUUUGCGUCCGUGCAGGAGCUCGAGUGGCACUUGGUGAUGUACUACGACCAGGCGCACGUUAUCGGGGCCGACGUGAAGUGGAAGAACCGCGCGCUGAUGUCCCUGUCCGACAAGACCGGGCGCGACGCGGCGGCCCAGGGUGCGAUGCGCGCGCGCGGGCUGUUCAAACCUCCGCUUCCCCAGUACCAGUUCAUCACGUUCGUGAUUGAGCGCCGCGUUUCCGAGGUCAUCAAGCGGUUCCGAGCGGACGCAAAGGCGCUUCCCGCACUGGACGAAGACGAGGCAGCUUUCCGUGCCCUUCCAGAGGCCGAGCGGCAACAACGGGUCCUCGCGCACAACAAGGAAACCCGGCGUCGCAACCACACACGCGUGCGCUACUUCCUGACCGAGAUGGAACGAACGGUGGCAGAACAGGCGGCAGCUGGAGCCGCACCGCCCGCCGCCGCGGACGGCUCUGGUGCCAGUGGUUCUUCUGCAAGCGGUGCGCGAUCCGUCGCGGCCGCGGUGCAACAACUGAAUCACGCCGGUCGUGAGUUUCAGAUCAGUCUGGAUCGCACAAGUGGCGAAAUCGGGGUGCAGGAAGAAGCUGUUGUGGCUCCCGCAAGCCAGCCGGGCACACCGACCGAACCAGGCGGCUCCGCCGACGGGAGUGAGGAGGAGGACGAGGACGACGCAGCAGUGCCGCAGGCCCUUGUAGCGGAAGCGGACGCAAGGUUCAGCGACGAGGGAGAUCUUCGCGUGCGGGAUUUGGCUGCCUACGCCUGGCACCUGCAGGACGAGGUACUAGUUGUACCCUUUGAGUUGUGCAGUAUGCGUUCCUGAUGUAGUCACAUGAUAGACAAGAUCAUGAUAUUGUGGUUGCGAAGAUACUUGUUUUUAGCAUUUCAUCAUGCACGUUUAGAAGAAGGCAGAGGCACUGAACUAGAAGGUAUUGACCCAAAAGUUUUUAAUAUUGGUUUUCGAUUCUUGUUACUUCCGUAUAGUAAAAGUUGUACAUGAAAAUAACAUGAAACAGGGCGAGAAGCGCAACUUCGCAAUGUCGAUUCCGAUGCAGCUGACGGCUAUGACGCGUGCGCUGCUUGGCACGCUUCGGGGCGUGGCGUUUUUUCGGCCGUACCUCGGCAACAUCCCGGACGACGAGAGCGCGCUGGGCCAAAUGCUGCGCACAGACACCGAGUACGAGUACUGGCGGCAGACUGAGGUCGCGGCCCCGUCCGCCGAGGACACGCUGCGUGCCUUCCAGAUCGCGUUGGGUGUGCACGACCGUAUCAAGGACUUCAUGCUGGUCUCGUACGAGAACCCGGAGUGGGUGUGGCAGACCUACAGUCCGGUCAAGUACAUGGUGAAUCCGCUGGACAACGUGAAGGGCUCGGUGGUGGGCAUGGCCCGCAGCCUCCGGUGGAACGUGGGGGCGCUGGUCCCCGCACAGAUGCUGCGAGCGUGGGAGCGCGCCACCUACCUGUGGGUGGAGCGCGCGAACCUGCACCUGGACAAGCUGCCCACCCGCGUACUGGGGUCGAAGGACACCCACUCGGACCCGAACGGGGCGGAGGUACAGACGGAGGUGCAGCUGGAGCUGGAGCAGGACCUGCAGCUCGAAGUCGGCCUCCAGCUGGACGAGGCGCCCCUGGCGCGCGACCUUCGAGCGAAAGCGACCAAUAAGUACGGAUUGGUGGCGCCUUUGGUGGUCGCCGACAACGAAAACAUCAACACCUUCGGCGACCGUUGGGUUCGGCAACACGUUGCACUGCGGCUCCCUGGGAUGAACCGUGACAGAGUGGAGGACUGGGUCGGUCGUUCGGACCAAGGGCGGAUUCCGAUCCGGGGGGGCUACAGUCUCCUUCCCGCAUUCUACGCGGCGGACGCCAGUUUGCCCUCCUUCUACCGCUGGUCCAGCUUCACCGCCGUCGCAAUCCGCGCGACCGCGAAUCUCGUCGCGCGAGCCGCGCCGCUGGCUUUGCCGCUCGCGGACCAGGCACAACGCGCGGGCGAAGAGCGCGCUAGGGUGCUCGACUUCCUGAAAAACGACAGCGAGCUGUUCCGGGGAACCGUGCGCGCGCGCACCAUCCUGGGCGAGAUGCAGAGACACGCGGCCCCGUCCUGGCGUGUGCUGACGGACGACCCGAACCUGGUGUCUCCAGACCUGUACUUGUCCAGCGAUGCCGCGCAGCCCUGGGAGGGGCUGCAGUCCUGGAAAACCUUCCUGCGGCCGAUGGAGCGGUACCUACAGAAGGCGUUGCUGGUGGAGGACAAGCGGGUGCGUAGCAUGACCUUCCAGCUCGAAGUCAACACCUUUUUCGAGGUACCGAACUUGUCCGAGCAAGAGAGGAUCGCCGUGCGCGAGUGGGCGGUGCUGAAGCGGAACGGCAAUCUGGAGCAGGAGGUCGGGAGGCCGGUCCGCCGCGGGAACGGGGCGAUCACCGACCUGUCGCGCCCCAGCCAACUUGCUAUCACCGCGCUGGGCUUGUGGCCGCGGGCGCCUGGGACUCCGCCGGAACCGAAACCUGCGGCCACGCGCGCGCGGCGGGCGCUAUUCGAGAAGGUCCUGGCGCAGUUGGAGAAAUCGCGGUUACUGGAGGCCAUGGUGCGGAACCCGAUCGAGAAGAAAUACAGCCUGUUACUGCAGAACCCUCUGGACGAGGUGGCGCAGCCGAACCUGCGCAAGUUCGAGCGGGAGCAGGGCAAGCGGCUGGCGCGCAGUUUGGACGAUGCCAGCAAGAGGGAAUUGGAGGCCGAGUUGAAGAGGAUUCUAUUUGGGGAUUCCAACCAGCUGCUGUCAUUUGUGGCCAACGAGGAAGUACAAGAGCCCGUCUCUGCAGUACCUGCUGCCGUGGCGGUUGUGGAUCCGGCAGCCGGAGAACCCGCGCAGCCGGCACCCGUAGAACCCGCACUGCCGGCAGCCGGAGUACCAGUGCCGCCCGCGGCCGGAGCACGCUCACCGCCGGCAGCCGUAGAACCUGCGCAGCCGGCAGCCGUAGAACCCGCACAGCCGUCAGCCGGAGUACCAGUGCCACCAGCGGCCGGAGAACCCGCACAGCCGCCAGCCGGAGUACCCGUGCAGCCGGCAGCCGUAGAACCCGCACAGCCGUCAGCCGGAGUACCCGCACCGCCAGCGGCCGGACAGCCCGCUGCAUCCACUACGGCUCCACGGCCCAAAGCACGCCCGGCCGCGAAGCAAGCUGCACGCGGUGCGGCGCACAAUGCUUUCGAUGCCAUCGACCUUUCGCUCUUAUCGGCAAAAUUCUCGCCACGCUCGCAGGAAGAUGUCAGGGAUGCAGAUGCUAACAGAGCGCUCUGGGUGCAUUCCAGCGGCGAAGACAGUGACUUUGUUGAUCAUUCUGGCGGGGAAGCGAGCGACGCAGCUACGCAACCGUCGCCGAGCGCUUUGCGCCGGGAGGACCGCACGCUUACGCUGACUUUCUCUCUGUCAGUCAAAGACUCGUUCUUCAACGCGGGGGAGGGCGAGCAUCCGGUCACCAGCCCGGGCGGCGUGAAACUGCGUGCCGCGUUGAACGCGCUGCGGUCUCUCGUUCAGGACGCUGUCACCACCGAAAACAACCGGGGAAUCCUCACCCUCAAGGAACUUAAGCCUGCGCCGAAACCGACGGCCGUUCCGCAGCAGCCACAGAGCGUGGCGGAUGGACACCGAGUUGUUUCUCCCGCAGCUACUGCUGAGCAGCAGCAGGCACAAGGCGCGGUGAUUGGCGUUAGAACUCCUGCUGUGCCGGCGACCGCGGAUCAGCAGCCGCUGUCGCCGGGCGCUGCGGGCGAUGCGGCCGCUCCGGCGGGUACCUCGCAAGACGGAGCAACAGGACGAGAUCCCGCGACCGCACAACCGGCCCCGGCGUCCCCUUCCGAUGGUGCGAGCUCGGAUUCUUCACCAGAACCACCGGAGGAUGGGGCGGCCCGCAACCUUGAACCGGACACGACCCGUGGCUGGUUCCAGGACGGCGUUGCGCUUGAGGACGCCGCGCAGGACUUCGAGGUGCCACUGCAGCUGGCGGCCCCCGAGAAGUUAAUUCAACUGCAAACCGCACUGCACAAGUUUUUCUACGCGGAUAGCCCCUCGCCCUCCAAGAGUCUCGUCGCACGGUUCGCCGUGGGGAAGGAGCUGUCGUUGUACACGCGGAACAUGAGCCCCGACUUCCUGACGGGCACGGACGAGGUGACCGAAGCGCAGGCGAACGAACUAGCCGUGCUGCGACACCGCAUGGUGUUCCUGACGAACAUCGAAACCACACGAUUCGUCACGCUGCUGCGAACCUUGCAAAACGGCGGGGUUCCGGAAGCGCAGCGGUUGCGCCCCGGGCAGGAGUGCGACUCGGCGAGUCAGGCGUUCCAGCGCAGCAGCUUGCGCAGCGUUUGGGUCGUGGACCACAUGGGCGCCGUGGCCGGAACUGCUUGUUGGCGCCCGAGUUUGCAAACGCCGACCCUGCAGCUGCAAAGGCACUUCCGCGAAGUCUUCCCCGCCGCGAAGGAAACGGCGGAGCGGGUUCUGCUAGAAAACUCCCCGGACGACAAACGCCUUCAGGCCGAGAAUGUCAUGUUCUCUUUCCGCAAUGUUGCCGCUGGUCCAGCGGGGGCACAGCAGGAACCAGGAGUGGCGGGCAAGGCCGACGCCCGCGACAUCCUGCAGGGCAGCAAGCUGGAGCUGCUGAACAUCGUGCACGACCGGGCGCGCGGGAAGUUGCUAGCACAAAGCAUCUUCCUGAAGCGCGGCAUUCAAAAUCUGUUGCAGCACAUGCGCGAGUUGAAGUUGGUCAAUACACGACAGCAGCUGCCGGAGUCGAAAACGCUGCAAGAGGGCGAGCGGGUGAUCGUCUUGAACGAGCCGAACCCAAACGCCGGCAGAGAGUUCUGUCCGGUCCGCAUCCGCACCGAGUUGGUGCCCAUUCCGGUCCAGGCUCCGUCCGCCCCGGUUUCAUCAGGCGGCUUCCUCGCGCCGCGUCCAGCAGGUAGUCAAGGACAAGCUUCAUCUUUGCCGCCACAACAGGGUGAAGACGCUGCGCCAGAAGAAGAUCCCGCGACAGAGCGUCGAGGACGAACUGCAUCUUUGCCGCCACAAGCAGGUAGCCAACAGACUGUUGCGCCGCAGCAGGGGGCUGGAGCAGACCCCGCGGCAGGAGUUCCAGGUGCUCGAUCGUCGCCGGUUGUUCCAACCGCUGGCCCGCUGCAGGGCGCAACACCAGAGCCGGCAGCAACACCAGAGUCGGCCGCACCUAGGGGACGAGCCUCAUCGCAGCCACCAGCAGGGGGUGCUCCGCAUGGUGGAGGUCUAGCAGCUGCGUCCGCAUCGGGAAGUGGUCAAGGGCGAACUUCGUCUGUGCCCCCUAUGAUGAGAAUUAGACAAGGAGAAACAAUAUUCCAACCGUUGGCGCCGACCCACCCUCUGAUUGCGGAAACUGCCACCUGUUUGUACGGCUACAAGGAGGUCGGUCGCCGGCGUCGCGUGAUUUUGUUCGAUGAAGAGACCACGGUCCAAGGGGUACAGCAACUCGUGCGGGACGAAAUCAACGCGCGCAACGACGGUCAGCAGACGCGGUUCAAGCUUGUGGUCGGCGCGCCGCUGCAGGCGGUUCACGCCCUGCUUCCGGAGUCGCUGCAGGGCGCGGCUGCCUCGCCGCAGCAGGAGGCACGCAAGCGGCUGGUGGCACGGUUCCUGCCGAACGUGGAGCGGCCGGAUCAGACCGCGGCGCGCAACUACCUGCUGUCCCUGACGAGAGACGGCUCGCCGCGCCCGCGUUAUUACGACGUUCCGGGACUGAAAACCUCCUCGCACCAGGAAAAGCAAGCCGUGAAAAAUGUGUACAUCGACAACCUGCUCGGCGCGGACGAGGAGGAGGAAGCAGAAGACCGCGCCGGCGGAGGCGGAGGCGGAGCGACCGACGGGGCGGGUGCUCCUGGCUCGCCUCGCCCGGGUGUAGCAACUACGGGCGGCAACCGCAAUCAGCGUCCGGUGCGGACGACGCCGUGGGACGACCUGGACGUGCGCGAUCGCCGCCUGGCCCUGCUGCUCGCCUCCGUGCUGGCCAAGCCGGACCAGGACGCGCAACUGGAACUCGACCGCGACAUGCUGCAGACGAGCAAAGAGGUGAAGGCGCUGCUACCGCUGGAGCGCCAAGCCAAGGUGUCCAGUUCGCUGAACCAUAUCAAAUGUAAAAAUGUCUGGGUCUGGAAGCUUGCCAGGUUUGUGAUGCAUAUUUUGGAAUACUUUUGAUGUCUGUGAUGCAUGCUCUAGCAUGACAGAUUUUUCGAGGCCUUUGUGAUGCCUCUACCGCAUGAGAAAUGCCCUCUCCACGUAGCACAAACUGAAGUCCUUUUGCUGAUCAUGCAACACAAAUCUUUAGAAUGAAUCCAAACACAGCAUCACAAGUUGCAACCUUCCAGACCCGGACAACAUUUUUGCAAUUCAUAAACCAGCGGCUCAUGCAACUCCGGUCGGGCCGCGACGACCUGUAAUAAGUUUGCAGACCGAAAGUAGAAGUGCAAGCGGGCGCCAUACUUCUAUAUCGGGUAGUCGCAACCAGUGAAAACGAACAAAUCACUGCAGUGGUUUUACACCUAAGUCUAACUGCAGGAACUACUUCUACUGAACGAAGAUCUCGGUUGUAGAAAUAUAUAAAGCACCCAAGAAAAACACAAGUGUAAGCCAUACCGGAUCAUGACAUAAGACAUUUCAGAUUUUUGCCGCAAACAUCGAGGUCUUUUUCAAUGCUUGCGGAUCCUCCAUACCUAAUGAGACGGAGUUAGGCUGUCGCUUGCUGCUGAAGUAUGCUUCUUAUGACAGCCUCGGAGGAGAAGUCUCUGCAGGCGAUAAACAUUGUUUUGGAAGUUUUGAAUAGAAAAAUGAUAGAACAAUUUUAGACAUUGCAUAAUAAUGUACGUAGGUAAGGGUACUAGGGCACCAGGUGGGCCCGUUUAUUUGAGUAAACAGAUACGUGGAUGAUAGCGCGACGUGUAUGAUAGCA